AUGGCAAACCCUGAAGGCAAGUUCUCCCAAAACCAACCUUUGAAAACUCAAAAACUUUUCAUUGGAGCACAAAUUUUCUUUAGAAUUGUGGCAAUUGCAGCCUCGUUGGUCUCAUCAGGGCUUCUGAUCACCAACAAGCAAGCCAUUGACAUUGGAGGGUUGGUACUCGACGCAAGAUAUAGCUACUCUCCCGAAUUCAAGUUUCUUGCUUACGCAAAUAUUUUUGUCGCUGUCUUCUCUCUCCUGUCCAUACUGUUUCUUUUCCUUGUUGUUCGUCAAGGCUCCAAUCCCACCCACUAUUUCAUCUUGUUCCUUCUUGAUUUGGCACUGAUGUCUGUGGUCAUUGGUGGAUGUGCUGCUGCUACUGCAAUAGGUUUCUUGGGAAAAUACGGGAAUAGCCACACUGGGUGGAUGCAAAUCUGCGAUAACUUUGGCAAAUUCUGUAAUAGAGCAACAACUUCCGUGACUUUCUCUUACUUGUCCUUGGUUCAGAAAAUUGAAAAGUUGCAGUUCGAGUUGUCAGAAAUGGAGUGGGAUAAAAAGGGUUACAUGAUUGAAUCCGCAUUGGCCUCGUCAUGGCUUAUGAUGACCAACAAGCAAGUCAUUGACAUUGGAGGAUUUGUACUCGACGCAAAAUACAGCUACUCUCCAGAAUUCAAGUUUUUGGCUUAUGCAAGUAUUGUUGUUGGCGUCUUCUCUUUCCUGUCCAUAUUUUUUCUUGUCCUUGUUGGUCGUCAAGGCUCCAACCCUGCCCACUAUUUCACCUUGUUCCUUCUUGAUUUGGCACUGUUGUCUUUGGUCAUUGGUGGAAGUGCGGCUGCUACAGCAAUAGGUUUAUUGGGGAAGCAUGGGAAUACUCACAUUGGUUGGAUGCAAAUCUGUGAUCAGUUAGGCAAAUUCUGUGAUAGAGCAAAAACUUGUUUGACUCUCUCUUACUUGACCAUGAUUUGCUUGUUGGUUCUUACCAUCACAUCUGCAAACAAAUCUAGACAGAUUCAAGUUUAG